AUAAACAUUUCUUGUCUCUGUUAAGAGAAUUUUAUUUGUGUCUCAUCAUGAGGAGUGAUUUGCUUGUUGUGCUGUUAUCAGUUCUGAGUCCCUUUGUCAGUUCUCGUGUGUUUUACUAUGUCUCUGUGCCAAUGAACUGGACGGAUGCUCAGACUUACUGCAGACAUCAUUACACUGAUCUAGCAACCAUUGAUGAUGAGAUAGAUUCUAUGUUGACACAAACACAAACUAUAGACUAUACAUGGAUUGGACUGUACCGGAUGAAUGAUACUGCUCCCUGGAUGUGGUCUGAUCAAAGCACCUUCAAUUUUAAUUCAUGGUAUGGACAGCCCAACCAAGUCAGUGACAUCUCAAUCUGUACAACAACAUUUCCUGAUGGACUUUGGGACGAUUGGCAAUGUGACGAAGUAUUCCCUUCUAUUUGCUACAAUGAUUCUGUUUUAGUUACAACUCAAGUCACUGGAACAACAACACCCUCUACAGUCACUGGAUCAACAAUGCCCUCUACAGUAGCUGGAACAACAUCAUCCUCUACAGUCGCUGGAACAACAUCAUCCUCUACAGUUGCUGGAACAACAUCAUCCUCUACAGUUGCUGGAACAACAUCAUCCUCUACAGUCGCUGGAACAACAUCAUUCUCUACAGUCGCUGGAACAACAUCAUCCUCUACAGAGAAAAAGAAGACACAGAGAGUGAGAGUGCAGGUGAAAUCACGUCAAAAUUUGAAUGACCCUAAAGUGCAGAAAGAGAUUUUACAGAAAAUUGAGCAGAUACUGAAGCAGAAGGGGUUACCAUAUGAUGCCAAACUGUCUUGGAAAAACCAAACAGAUGGGAAUGUCUUCCAAAAGUUCCAGAAGCAUGAAGACAUUAAGCAGACUUGCAAUUGAUGGGGGUGCUUCAUUAGUUAAUAAUUGAUGAUUCAUAACUGACACAAAUGAUGGAAUUAUAUCACAUAAGAAGUCCGGUUCUGAAAACUGCAGCGGUCUUGUUAUUGCAAGAGUAUUUUGGCAAACCUGAUAUCAUCACAUCAAGCCAACAUGCUCUGACCAAUAUUUGCUCAUAUCAAACGAGCCUAUCGUCAACUUGUUGAAUAGGCUAUCUUUUAAACCCUAAAGAAAAUAGAUCAAUUUACUGGUCUUUGCUCUUGAAUGUUGUAUAAUUGUAUUUAUGAGGCUGUUCUUUAAUGUUUGUCUUUUAGAUGACCUCAUAUGAACCCACAGUAGAAAAUAUCUGCUGUCCUAAAAUCAUUAGACGGUCAAUAUAAACCUCUGAGCUUUGGGUUGAGAUUCUUGGUCUUGCAUUUCUCUGGCCUCUUUGGUCUUUUGGUGAAUUUUGGAAUAUUUUAGAAUAUAUUCUGUUGAAUUUAAAGCCUAAUUAUUAUUAUUAUUAUAUUCCAAGACAAAUGUAUGAAAUUGUAUAUUCCUAACAUUAAAAUAAAAUUAUU